AGCGGAAGGAGAUCUACAAGUAUGAAGCGCCCUGGACCGUCUACGCCAUGAACUGGAGCGUGCGGCCGGACAAGCGCUUUCGCCUGGCGCUGGGCAGUUUCGUGGAGGAGUACAACAACAAGGUUCAACUUGUUGGUUUAGAUGAGGAGAGUUCCGAGUUUAUUUGCCGAAACACCUUCGACCAUCCGUACCCCACCACAAAGCUCAUGUGGAUCCCUGACACAAAAGGCGUCUAUCCUGACCUACUGGCAACCAGUGGCGACUAUCUCCGCGUGUGGAGGGUUGGUGAAACAGAGACCAGGCUGGAAUGUUUGCUGAACAAUAACAAGAACUCUGAUUUCUGUGCCCCCCUGACCUCCUUUGACUGGAAUGAGGUGGAUCCCUAUCUCUUAGGUACUUCAAGCAUUGAUACAACCUGUACCAUCUGGGGGCUGGAGACGGGGCAGGUGUUGGGCCGAGUGAACCUCGUGUCUGGCCAUGUGAAGACCCAGCUGAUUGCCCAUGACAAAGAGGUCUAUGAUAUUGCAUUUAGUCGAGCCGGGGGUGGCAGGGACAUGUUUGCCUCUGUGGGCGCUGAUGGCUCGGUGCGGAUGUUUGACCUCCGCCAUCUAGAACACAGCACCAUCAUUUACGAAGACCCACAGCAUCACCCACUUCUGCGCCUUUGCUGGAACAAGCAGGACCCUAACUACUUGGCAACCAUGGCCAUGGAUGGCAUGGAGGUGGUGAUUCUGGAUGUCCGAGUCCCCUGCACACCUGUCGCCAGGUUAAACAACCAUCGAGCAUGUGUCAAUGGCAUUGCUUGGGCUCCACAUUCAUCCUGCCACAUCUGCACUGCAGCGGAUGAUCAUCAGGCUCUAAUCUGGGACAUCCAGCAAAUGCCCCGGGCUAUUGAGGACCCUAUCCUGGCCUACACAGCUGAAGGAGAGAUCAACAAUGUGCAGUGGGCAUCGACGCAGCCCGACUGGAUUGCCAUCUGCUACAACAACUGCCUGGAGAUACUCAGAGUGUAGAGUUGGUGGCGCUGUGCCCAUGAGGCAGGGGCUCGUGUGUUGCUCGCCUCUGCCCCACCCCCAAAGUAAGAAGAACCCUGUUUCCAGUGGCCAGUAUGUCUUUCGUUGCUUUGCACCCACUGUCACCAGAAGCUGCUCUAGGAGUUCCUGGCCAGUCAGCCCAUGGCUCUGUGUGCCGGACUUAGUGCUUCAUGGCGCCUCCUCAGCCUAGGGCUGAGUUUUAAGAUUUUCUGUCCUUGCCUCUUCUCCCUUGGUUCCUCAAUUAAAAAGCUCUAUGUAUUCGUCUCUCAGCUGUCGCGUCAAUGGGCAGUACAAGCUCUGGCUCCAUUUAUGUUCGUCUGCCCCAGGUGUCCGUGUGCUGCCCGAGGCAGCCUUCCUUGUUCUCCGUGUCCACUUAGCACUUAAGUGACAACCAAUACAGUUUGCAGUCGACUUUCCUUCUAGUAUCAAUGUCUUUAACAAAUUUCAACUUUGUAUAUUUUUUAUCAGGCAAAUUUUUUUAUGGAAAGAAUUUUACUCUUCCUAGUUUCUUCCUUUGUUUCCUAGUUCUCCCUCUUUCACCUUCCUCUCUGCCCUCAGUGCCUGGAGCUGGUACUGGGUCCUAGACCCAUGAGCAGUUUUGCCUUCCUGAGUCACUGCCUGAGUGGUACACACCUGACCAGGAGUCCCAAACCACCUUGGUGCUGUGAACAGUCCACCGACUCAUCACACCUUUUCUCAGUCUGACUCUUUUCAAGGGCAUUCUGAGCUCCAGACAAACAUAGGAAGCCUCCAGCCACACCCUGAAGUACCUCAGUCCAGCCCCACUGGUAGCUUUUGGGAACACUGAGGUAGACAGAAGGAUUGGGGUGCUGGACUCUAGGGGACUCGUUUCAAGAAAGCUGAGCUUAGAGCUUAUUUCUAAUACGUAGCUUCCGAGUCUGUUUUUCCCUCCAAAUAUAAGCUCCAGGCUGUUCCAUUUUGUGUCUUAAAUGGUAGACAGGCGUGCUAUCUUAGCUGAACUUCGGUUUUCUGUUUGUUGAGUUUAUUGCACCUGCAGUGCAUUGGCCACACUUGGAUCGAGUGCUCGGAGGUGAAGAGUCUUCUUCAGAGGUACACAGACUGUGCUUCUGACUCUGAACAAAUCGUCGGCAGUAUGUGAGACUGGCAUGCCGCCAGGCAAAUAGACAGCUACAGCAGAACUCUCACCCCAGGGUCCGCAGCAAGACGCUCUGCCCAUGCCUGUCCACCUCUCCCGCCCCCAGUUGAGAUCCUGAGCCCUGCUGGAUUUGGAGGCGGCAGCUGUCUUACAGGCCCCAGGGGUCAUUUCCGUUACAUGAGCGAGUCCAUGAGGGGGCUUGUGUGUGAUUCCAAUGUCAGAUGAGUCUUGGGGGCAGGAAGAGUUUGUGACAUGCUCUGAGGGACGAAUUGGCCUGGUUUGUCAUGCUCGGCCUGAAGAUUUUUUAGACCCC